ACUGCGCCUGGCUCGUACGGGCAGCUGAAGUGGCCUUCGUGCGCGGGGCGCCUCCGGGGACGAGGAUGGAGGACGGGCUCGUCCAGCGGCGCCGGGCGCUGUACAAGGGCGGCGGGACUCCGCCGUGGAAGGAGGCCUUCCGCCAGCGCUGUGUGGAGAGGCUGAAGAGUAGCCGGGCACGGCUGCUGGAAAGGUACCGCCAGUUGGGAGAGGAUGUCACUUGCAAAGCUGGAAGAGGCAGUUUGGUGCAGGAGGCGAUGGAGAUGGAAUGGCAGGCCCUGCAGACGACGGGUGUUCACCUGCCCGCCCUCUGGAAGCAGAACCCUUUAGCCCAGGUGCCGGAAGAUCCUUUCGACCUGGCUGUCCUGGAGGAAAUCCAACAGGAGCUGAUGCUGCAAGAAAAGAUGGCCAUUGAGGAGUACGAGCGAGGUCUGCAGUUUGAUGAGGAGUGCCUGAACGCGAUGCUCGACGGCUUGGAUGCAGAACACUUGAUUAUCUGCCCUGUUUGUCAACGAAGCUACCUCAAUGUAACGAGUUACCUGGUUGUAUGUCAGUGUGGACUGCAGAUUGGUACACAGGGGAUGACAGAAGACAAGCUCCGGUCGCUGCUAGAAGACGGUGUGACAGAGCAUGGCCACCACUGUGACAGAAACCCCGAGUUUGCUAUAACAAAUGGGGUGGAAGGAGAAACCAGCCUUCUUAUGAGCUGUCUGGUGAGGUUUUUUAUCUUGCGGCCAAACAUCAGGGGAUUCAAGCAGGGCCUUUUUAGAAGGGGGUGCAGUUCUCAGCUUGCUCAUCCGGCCACCCUAAGUAGUAUUUGUCAUUCCUUCAAAUGUCAGUGUUCAGCAAGGAGCAGCACCGUCCAGGUGCAGAAGGGAGGUUGGGAAACUCCCAGGCUUUGCAGAAAGUAAAGCAGGUUGAGGGCAGAAAGAAGUGGUUCUGUUGCCACGGGUUGAAGAGAAAUGGAGGUUGGAUGAAAUGGAGUAUUGUCAAGGGGAGCGAUGGUCAUGAAUUACUUUGGUUAUGAAAGGAAGGGUGGGGACGUCUGUGGAAAGCAACAUCUGUGCAAAUGUUCACUCAGGAGCAUAAAGAGUCCGACUGGAUAAGACUAUAAAGGUCCUUCUAAGGGUGGGCAAAGUGAGGUCCUGCCCUUCUUCUGUUCUACAACUCCCAUCACCUCUAGCCAACAUAGCCAGUUGGGAAGGAUUAUGGGAGUUGUAGGCCAACACUUCAUUCCUCAUUUUCUCCAACAUUCCCAUUGUGACUAGUUCUGUAACAAGGGAGAUCCUAAGACAAAUUCACAGAGUAGGGUUGACCUCCUUCUGUUGGCAUUUUUAAAAAUUUACAUUUUCUUUGAAAACUCAAUUGUUGCUUUUUAUCCUGUUUCUUUGUAAACAUAGCAAAAGCAUCUGAACAACAAUCAUUUACAGUUAUAUUUUAAAAGUGGGCUAAAAAUGGAAUAACUUAAUUGUGGAGAGAAUAAAAUUCCUUUAAAGAGCAGCUAAAUCAUAUGUCUAAAAGUUUGAUUAUGACUUUAAGGCAAAUCUAUAGUUUGAAAGCAUGCAAAUGUGAGUAGAUAAAAAGGUACCACUUCAGUGGGCAGG